AUGGAUUCUCCUAGUUCUUCAUCCAUGAUAAAUUUUUACUACAACGAGUAUUUUGCGGAUGGCGAUGGUUCGACCGAUGAGGAGCUUGAGCAAGAGGCGGUUACGAGUGCAUGUCAACUAGCGGUGAGAUAUGUCAACCAUUCUAGUCGGCCUCAAGCAGAAAAAAAUAAAAGAGGUUAUACUGAAAGAGACCGACGCGCGGCACACGAUCGUUUGAUGAAAGAUUAUUUUGAUGAGGCGCUGACAUUUUCGAACGAAUUUUUUAGGCGUCGUUUCCGAAUGAGUAAGCGGUUGUUUCUACGCAUAGUCGACGACUUGGAAGCCAACUACGAUUAUUUUAAACAAAAACCGGAUGCUAGAGGGGCACUUGGAUUUACCGGUAUCCAAAAGUGUACGUCGACAUUACGAAUCCUUGCUUAUGGUAACACUACCGACAUCAACGACGAGUAUCUAAAAAUGGCGGAGAAAACAACACGAGACAGCUUGGAACAUUUUUGUCGCGGUAUAAUUGAUGUGUACGGUGCGCGUUAUCUUAGAACGCCUACAUGGGAGGACCUUCAAAAGAUCUACGAGGUACAUAAUGCCGAGCAUGGUUUGCCUGGUAUGAUCGGGAGCAUAGAUUGCAUGCAUUGGCGUUGGGAUAACUGUCCGACUGCAUGGCGAGGCCAACACACACGUGGUGACCAAAAAGGACCCACUAUUAUUCUUCAGGCGGUUGCUUCACAGGACCUUUGGGUUUGGUCGGCUUACUUUGGCGUGGUCGGGUCAUGCAAUGAUAUCAAUGUUUUUGAACAAUCGCCGUUGUUAGAGGAGUGGAUUUCUGGCAAAGCUCCAAAAGCGUCGUUUUACAUGUCAAAGAAAUUCACGAGGUUCAACGCCAACGAGUUGGAUGCUAAGGCUAGAUUCGAUGUGUUACGAACAAGACCGGAGGAGUACCCGAGACAAGCAUGCAUGGAACUUUAG